AUGUGGCUCCUGCUGGUGCUGGCCUCGGCACUGCUGCCAGGCUCCGGGGCAGUGACAGGCCCCGGCACCGUGCAGGGAUUCCUGAGGGAAACCCUGCCGGUCACCUGCACGUACCAGCCUGGCCGGGAGACGUUGCCGAAAUUCUGCACCGUGAAAUUGCAGCCCCUGGUGAGGCAGGGCCGGUUCUCCAUCCUGAACAGCUGCGUGCUCCGGGCAUUCCCGGUGACUGGGGAGCGUCUGGCCAAGAAAGAUGCGGGCACGCUCCGCUGUGGGAUUCGAAAGGGAUUUUUCCCCUUACAUGAGAGCGCUGAUGUGGAGGUUAUCAUAACCCCCGGUCGGUCCUUGCACGUUUUCCUCAUAGUAACAGUGACCCCUGCGUUGGGGGCCCGGGACCACACUGCGGGAGGAUGUUUCACCCUGAGCGUGACAGGAAGACGGGGCCCGUCUGACCGCUGCAUCCAUCCUUCUUCCGCAGCUGCAAUCCCGACGCUCUCGCCGGACGCUCCGCAGGGGACCCGCGGCACUUUCCGCUACUUCCCUGUGCUCGCCGGGCUGCAGCUGCUGGCUCUGCUGGCCAUGAGCGCGGCCGUGCUCUGGGUCAGCGUGCGGGGCCGUUAAGCCCCCGCCGGGACUCCAAGGUCCCGCCCGGCGCCGCUCGACCCCCGGACUGGCAGGGGCCGUGGCACCGGGAGCCUGCCGGGCCCUUCCUGCUUCUCCCGCCGGC